AAGGUCUCACUAAUGCCUCUCUUAUAGUCAGAUCCUAACCAAUCGUGUUUACUUGGGAGGAAGACUAUGGAUCCGCUUUCGGGUAGCUUAAUUUCAAGUGAGCUCAUUUAAAUCCCCAGGCUUGAGGACCGAUCCUAACUCUGUUUAUUUGGAAACAUGGAUUGCAGUGGUACUUUGGAGUCCACGUGCAGCUCAGCUCUAUAUAGAGUUACACCAGGCUGAUCCCAAUGAUUUCAGCUGCCUUAAACAUGCUUGGCCAGGUCUGCAUAAUGAUGGAUGGUUAGGAGUGUAACUGGACAGCCUUAUGUUAUGCUUGCUCAGAAAUAAAACUCACAGUGGGAGUUUUCCUCCUGUGCAUACAUGCUUGGAGCAUUGUGUCUGAGAAGGUUUGUCCAAAAGGCCACCUCUCACUGAGUUAUGAGAAUAUUAGUAUGUGAUAUGAUGGUUUUUGUUAGAUGAUAAGUUUUUGUUAGAAAGAAUGCUGUAUCUUGAUGCACACUUUCCUGCAGUUGGGUCUGUUGAGGAGUCCCCUCAAAAAGUUGGCACCUGAUGACCCUGAAGAUGACUUUAAGUGAGGACAGGGACUACAGCAGCUACUUUUCCAACUAGCCACUUUAAGGCCACAAGCCUGCACAUGUUUAAUGGAAAAAAGCUCCCUGGAAAAGUUACAGGUGUUUUUUCCUAUCUUAGCAUGGUCUGAUUUUGAGUAUAUAUGCCUAUAUGUAUGUAGCCCCGUCAUAAUAGGCCGCAGAAACUCUGUAUUUCCUAACAAUGUAUUAUGGCAGCAGUUUGCACAUCCCACCUUAAGGAGUUAAUGGUUAAUAUCUUAAUGUUUUUGGUGGCUCUGAGGUUGCAAAGAACAUGAGAUGUGAAAUUUGAAAUUAAAAUAUAAUUAUGUCUUAUGAAAUGCAACAUGCUGAAAAACUGAAUUUGAGAGAGAAUACUGUUUUCACUGUCAGUGUUUUUAUUUAAGAAGGGUAACUGACCAAACUGAAGAAACUGAGAAGUCGCAAUUGAGGUGCUGAAGCAUUAGAGGGAAAUCAGAUUCUUCAUCUCUGGCACGUCUGAGAUAGGUUUCAAGGAUUGUUUGGCUCUUCAAGCAGUGCCCUGGAAAAAAGCCACCGAGAGAGCAGUUAUUUCAGUUCCCACUUUCAAGGAGAGAGACUGUGCUCUAACCUUGGAAAAGAGAAUUGGAGACCUGAUCCUCCUUCCCUGGUCCCUCAUAGCCUGUGCAGCAAGAGCAACACUAGCUGCUCUCUCAGGCUUUGUUGAUUGCUACAAAGCAGUUCAAUUCAGAAUCUGGUUUGAAUGAGCUGAACUACUUCAUAGAUCAGGGCUGGGCAACCUGUGACCCUCCAGCUGUUGCCGGAUCCCGUCUCUGUCAGCCAAACCAGCAUGGCCAAUGGUAAGCUUUAACAAAAGCUCAAGCUCAACAUCAUCUGGAGAGGAGCAAAUUGCCCACAUCAUCACAGAUCUCAGUAGCAUUAGGGAAAAUGCUUCUUUUAUUCCAAUUUGGCUUCCUUUUAAUGUGGCCUGAGAGUCUGAAUGUAUUGUUUGGUGUGGUGUUGUUUCCUCUUACCUGAAGUGAAAAAGCCAGAUAUGUCGGGAAUCAAGAGGACUCUAGAAGAGAUGGACCCAGACUAUGAGGAGAUCUCCGUUGCACCUACAAAUAAGCGCCAUAAAGCAGCUGAACAAUCAGCUCGAGAUGCUGCAGUACUGAAGAUUGAAGCAAUUAUCAAAGAGCAAUUUUCAGUAGAAAUGAAGAAUAAAGAACAUGAGAUUGAAGUAAUAGAUCAGCGCCUGAUUGAGGCAAGAAGAAUGAUGGAUAAAUUGCGUGCCUGCAUCGUUGCAAACUACUAUGCUUCCGCUGCCCUCCUUAAAGUUGGAGAGGGAACCAAGGCAUGUGAUCCUAUGGUUUUUAACCACCCAUCCAUCAAGAAAUUUUUGGAAUCUCCAUCCAGAUCAUCAUCUCCUGCUAAUCAGGGGUCGGAAACCCUGUCAGUUAACCAUUCGGAGAGUGAAUCAUCUCAACACACAGACUACAUGACGGGAAAGGACAAUGGUAAUCUGGAUGCAGAAGAGAGAUUGUCAAACAAGCACGGCCAGAGACUGAGCAAGAAUUCUGGACAGGGCACGUCUGCUGUCGCUAGGGAUCGCAAACUGGGGAUGAGAAACACUGGCCUUUCCAAUGAGGAGUAUUCACGGUUGUUUGUGAAGAAAACCAUUGUGGUUGGCAAUGUCUCCAAAUACAUUCCACCUGAUAUGAGAGAGGAGAACGAUCAGUCCACUCAUAAGUGGAUGGUGUAUGUACGAGGAUCCCGCCGAGAGCCCAGCAUUGACCAUUUUGUUAAGAAAGUCUGGUUCUUCCUUCAUCCCAGCUACAAACCAAAUGAUCUUGUAGAAGUCAGAGAACCGCCUUUCCACUUAACCAGACGGGGCUGGGGAGAGUUUCCCGUGAGGAUUCAGAUUCACUUUAAAGAUAGCCGGAACAAAAGGAUUGAUAUCAUACACCAUUUGAAGUUGGACAGAACAUAUACCGGUCUGCAGACACUAGGCGCUGAAACGGUGGUAGAUGUUGAGUUGCAUCGGCAUUCUCUCAGAGAAGAAUAUCUCUUCUCCCAGUCUUCAGAUUCUGAUCUUUCUGAUGCCCCCAACUCAUUGCAUUUGCCUUUAAACAUACCAGCACCUGUGAAAGCGUCUUCACCAAUAAAGCCAACACAUGAAUCCAUUCCAGAUGCUUCUGCUGAAAAAGGAUUCAGCACUGAAGCUGAAAGGCAUACAACCUUAUAUUCUCUGCCAUCAUCUUUAGAACGGACUCCCACUAAGCUUGUGACCCAGAAAGUAACUUUUGGCUCUCACGGCAACUCAGCUUUUCAGCCAAUUGCAGCUAGUUGCAAAAUAGUCCCUCAAGGUCGAAUCCCAAGCCCCGCUGAAUCUCCAGGCAAGUCUUUCCAGCCUAUCACUAUGAGCUGCAAGAUUGUAUCAGGCUCUCCAAUAUCAACCCCAAGUCCUUCUCCACUACCUCGAACCCCAACUUCCACUCCAGUGCAUAUGAAGCAAGGAACUGCCACUCCUGUAGUCAGUAACCCUUAUGUUAUUGUGGACAAGCCUGGCCAGCCAGUGGGAGUAGUAACCACAAGUGCAGGUAGCCCUGCAGCUAAGGUUACAAGCAUUUCUCAAGCACCUCAAGGGACAGGGUCUCCAGUCUCUAAGAUCCAUGGAAGCAGUUUUGCAGCCUCUGCUGUCAAGGAGGACUCUCUGUUUGCAACCAUGCCACCUCUUUGUCCAAUUGGGAGUCACUCCAAGGUACAAAGCCCUAAAGCUGUGACAGGAGGACCCGGAACAUUUACAAAGGUGAUAAUAAAGCAGGAGCCUGGAGAACUCCCCCAGCCAUCUCCAGCACCAGCAGCUGGGACAGCCUCUCAGACAUCGGUGCAGCAGUAUGUCACUGUGAAAGGGAGUCAUGUGAUUGCUUUGUCGCCUCAAAAGCAGAUUGUGAGCACAGGAGAGGGCUCCACUUCAGCUAAGAUCGUUAGUGUUCCAGUUGGAUCUGCUUUACCCACAUCAGUCAAGCAAGCUGUGGCCAUUGGUGGCGGUCAGAUACUAGUAGCAAAAUCCAGCCCUUCAGUAGCAAAGACAGUUGGUGGGAAACAAGUGGUAACCCAAGGAGUGGCAAAAGCUAUUGUGAGCGGUGGGGGAGGAACCAUUGUUGCUCAGCCUGUGCAGACUUUAACAAAGGCCCAGGUUCCAUCAGCAGGAGUACCAAAGAGUGGGUCUCAAGGUUCAGUAAUGGCAACACUACAAUUACCAGCCACUAACUUGGCCAACUUGGCGAAUCUUCCCCCUGGCACUAAACUGUACCUUACCACGAACAGCAAGAACCCCUCUGGGAAAGGAAAACUACUGCUGAUUCCGCAAGGAGCCAUUCUGCGAGCCACAAAUAAUGCCAAUCAGCAGUCAGGCACUUCAGCCGGUGGAGGUGGAGGAACUCAAAGUACAAGCACUGGUUUAUCUCAGCAUCUCACCUACACCUCUUACAUCCUCAAACAGACUCCACAGGGCACGUUUUUAGUUGGCCAGCCAUCUCACCAGACUUCUGCAAAACAAGCAGCAACAGGAACAGUUGUCCAAGGGAACACAAGUGCUGGAACAUCAUCACAAGGACAUCAGGCACUGAAAGUAAUAACUGGGCACAAAACUGCUGCCUUAUUUGCACAGGCAGCUUCCAGUGGACAAGCCUCCCUGAUGAAAAUAUCAGACAAUACUCUGAAAUCGUUGCCAGCGUCAUCACAACUCUCCAAACCAGGAACCACUGUGCUGAGAGUGUCUGGUGGGGUGAUUACUGCAGCCACAACUUCAGCCAUGACGCCCCCAUCAAACGGGAUUGCACAGGUGAGGUCCAGUGUUGGUCAGCCUGCGUGUCAAGCUUCAAAUGCAGGCACAGCCACUCAGCAAGCAGACAGUGCAAGUUCUAGCUUAGUUCCAGCUGCAAGCCCUGCUGUAAAGGCAUCUGGACAGCAGCACCAAGUCCCCAUCAAUCCUGGACAAGCAGCCUCAGCUGUGCCUAACAAAACAAGUGCAUCAGCAGUUGUAAGCAUUGCUUCUUGGGUGACUGCCCCAGCUCCGGUGUCUGGAAAAACUGCAGUGUCAGGAUUGUUAAAGAUCCACUCCAGUCAGAACAGUCCACAACAGGCUGUUUUGACAGUUCCCAGCCAGCUCAAACAACUUGGUGUGAGCACUGCUUCCGGAGGAGUCCAAACUAUAUUGAUGCCUGUGAACAAAGUGAUACAGUCGCUUUCUUCCAGCAAAGUGUCUGCUGCUACACCUGUGACUUCAGCUAAUCCAGUUGUUCCAAGCCCUUCUGUAGUAUCUGUCACAAAAGUUAAGCUAGAGCCUGAUUCCUCAGGACAGAGCUGCAGUUCUCAGGUCUCCCAGGAAACUCAAAUGACAGUAAAAGCAGAGGAGAGCUCCGAACUUGGAAAUUACGUCAUUGGGACAGAGUAUUUAGACAACCUCCAGCAACUUUUGACAGCAAUUGUGAAGAAAGUUCCGUUAAUUGCAGAAAGAACUGAAGAUGCCAAUUCUUUCUGUGCCAGUUCUGUGGAACAGUAUUAUAGCUGGAAUAUUGGAAAACGGAGGGCUGCUGAGUGGCAACGAGCACUGACAGUAAGGAAAAUUCUCCAAGAAAUGAUAGAGAAACACCCUAAAUUCCACAGCAUUGUUCCUCUGAAAACAAAACAGGUUGUACAUUGGUGUCGCUACCGUGGCUAUACGCCACCUGACCCAGAAGCUCUUCGGAAUGAAGAUUCUAUAGAAGAUGUGCUAACACAAAUAGACAGUGAGCCAGAAUGCUCAUCUUCUUACACCACCGGGGAAGAGAUAUGUCGAAAACUUGUCGAGCUGGAGCGCUUGCUCAAGCAAGAGCCAGACAAUGAUGAAGAAGUAGAUAUUCUUGGCAUUACUGAGCCUCUGAAAAUGAACAUUAAAAAGGAGCAGGAGGAGAAACAAACGGAGGCAAAGCUUUACUUGACACCCCAGCCUGCAUCAGAGUUCGUGCGCAAGACGGUACAGCAGAUAGGAAUUUCCCUUCAGCCCAUAGAAGUACAAAAGAACAUCUAUGCAUCAGUUAUAGAAGAUAUGAUUUUAAAGGCCACGGAACAACUGGCCAAUGACAUACUAAGAGAAGCACUGGCAGUUGGCUACCAGGCAGCUCCUCGCCACAGGACUCCAAGAGAGAUCACAGUGAUGAAUAUUCACCAAGCCAUCUGUAACAUCCCUUUUCUGGACUUCCUCACAAACAAGCAUAUGGGAAUAUUGAAUGAUGAACAGUAAUCUGAACUGCAAACCCACAGAAAAGUCAGAAUGAGGACUCCUGAGCAUCUAGAUGUUGAUGUGUCUAGAUACAUAUUUUUAGUGUUGGGGCUUGAAUUCUGCAAACUAAAGUGACAGACACACAGAGAAAAAACAGUUUAAAAGGCCUUUUCAAAAAUAUAUUAACCCUUUCAAGAAAACUUGUAGUCCUUUCUCUAAAAAAGAAAGAAAGAAAAUCAGUUCCAAAUUCAGCUACCUGAUUUCAUUGAAAAUUGCUCCCAAGUCAGCUUGCUGCUAUAGCUAAGAUUGUAUAUUAGAUCAUGACCUUGAUUAGUGGGGUCCUGCUUUUGUAUGCAAAUGACUUAUUACAGGCACCUGUUCCUAUGAUCUGGUAAAUACACACUUCCCUACUUCUUCAGAGACUAGCCAUGUCCAGCAUUGAAAUGAAAUGCAUAGUUAAGAAGCAACAGGUUGGUUUGGAGUACAAGAAAGAGCCUGGCCUAGCCUUGGUUUGUGUAUUCCCCUUUCCUCUUCUGGUGUGAUUUAGAGUUUGGAAGCUUUCAUGAAGUCAUCCUUGCUGAAUCAGACCAAAGUCCUGUUGAGACCGGCUUUCUGUUCUUACAGUGCCCAAGCAGAUGCCUGAAGUAGGGCAUACCUUCAAUUUCAUACUCGUGUUCAGGUUUCCAGCAACUGGUAUUAGAGGCAUUCUGCCUGAUACUGGAGGCAAUAUAUUUUAAAUUUUGUAAUGUAUUCUGGUUUAUAUGAAUUGCAGUUGGCAUGUUACGAAAACCUGAACAUGGAAGCAAACCAAAUUUAAAUGUGGCUUGUUUAUACAUGCAGCUUUUUUCCAUUAACCAUGAUGAAAACUAGCCACAGUUUGGAGAUUGGGUAAACGCUUAACUGCAGUCAAUCUAAAAUAAAAGUAGAAACUUGGUAUUUCUUGUGGCCACAACAAAAAAAGGAGAGCGUUCAAUUCUGGGUCAAAGCAAAACAGAUUCUGCUACAUUUGCAUGCAAUGAAAGAGCUGCUUAGACAGAUACACAGAAAGGUGGCAAAUAUUUAUCCUGUUAAAGUGUGAGAUGGCAAACCAGGCAUCACCAAGUCUCUUUGGAAUAGCCUGGGAGCUUAUUCAAGAUGAUUUACUCUGAAAUCAGCUGUUUGAAAGAAAUGUUUUCAAACUGUCAUGUCACUGACCUAGUUUGGCUUUUAUACUAUAAAAAACCCUUUUUUCCCCUAUGGGCUUCCAUUGACUGAGAUGUUUUAGUUGGCCAGCAAAAAAAAAGAAGAAGAAGAGAAGAGAAAUUUUGUAGUAUUUUUGUUGAAUCUGUUUGAAUUUUAAUUUUAUUUGCUGGUUUUAGUAUUUUGAGUUGUGUGAAGCCAUUAGAAAUUUUCAUUUCAAUUCCUGACAAUAGAAAUGGUCUAGCCUAUAUUAAGGUAUACUAUUAGAACAUAAAUUUUUGCUAGAGAGUUUUCAGGAUCUGCCUAUUUCUGUGUCUUAGCAGAUUUUGGUGAUUAGUUACGCUUAAUACUGAAAGGGCUGGGUAAAAACAUCAGUCCACUUGCCUUUCUCAGGACUGUCCCUGUAUGGUUCUUCCUCUUGUGAUCUUCACUAAUCCCUCCCUGUUUGCUUUUCUGAACUGGGGAGCUUUCUGUUGUUGGUAGCUGCCACAUUGGAUGCAGACAUUGUGGAUGGGAAUAAAAGCUCCCUUCCUUCUGGGCUGGGCUGGGCUGGACUUCUGAUCCAGAUUAGUGCCCCUACCAAACCCCCAUAACAAAAAGGGAGCUGCCUCUUCUUAUUUAGCACUGACUGAGCCUUUGACAUUUAACUGGCUCUUCUUACUGUAAGUGGUAACAUUUCUGCUGUUGGCCCUUCUCUCAGUAAACUUUAGAUAGUAGGAGAGAAGGCUUAACACAUAACAAGAUUAUUAAAACCAGUAUUAAUCCAUCUAACAAAGAUGGGCUGUUACCUUGAGGUGGUGAAGGAUCAAUGCAAAGGAGGAAAAGCUGCCCCUUUAAAAUGUAAUUAGCUUCAGACUUGACUUUUGAUUUGGGCAGAUCUUUCCUUCCUUAGAAAAAGAAAUUGUUAUUGUCUAGCAGUGACUCUAGGCUGGUUUAUUUAAAAAAAUCUUUGUGGUUAAGUUGAAGGAAUAAGACAGCUUCCACAUGCCCAGGUUGCUUUUGCUGAACCAGAGUUACCACCUUGAAAUGAGAGUAAGGCUACUAUUGUUGAAACUGGUCCUUGUCUUAAAUCCUGUGCAUUGUCUGUAUUAUACUGUAUAAUAUACAUUGUGUAAUAUACAUUUACAAUAAAUUUUCUUUAUUAAAACCAA